AUGAAGGAGAAAGAUCCACCUGUGGCUCCUGCCCGGGCAGUCACAAUCUACACCAACACGGGCUCUGGUCAAGUCACGAAAGGCCCGCUGUUCGAAGGUCAGCGCUUCUCGCAAGCUCAAGCCGCCACGGUUGGAGAUCACUUGCGCGCAAGGCUUCGAGAUUGCACGUUAAAAAAUCGAGCUUUGGUCAUUGUCUUCUGCGGCAGUCCCACUGAACCAUGGCUCCUCGACACGCUUGAUGCCGAACUGAAGGGAUUCCCACGCGACUUGGUCAACUAUCUCAGCUCAGGAAAGGGCCAGGGGCCAAGUACGGCCGUAAGACCAUCGUAUGACGACGAGAAGGAAGAAUUCAGCUUCCUGCUCAACUACCUCUUGGCCAGCCAAAGGCGUACAGAGCAGAAUGCCCCAACCAUGAACUUUGAAGACGGAAUGGUGACUGUCCACGGAGUCGCAGCACUGGUCCUGUCAGCCUCUCGACUAGACCACAGCAAACACGCGGAGGAGCCGAUGAUCAUCCUCUGGCUCGCGAGCUUGAUGCUGCUUCCCUUGCUGGACAAGCACCUCGGGGGCCCCGACAACAGUUGGCGCAUGAACCGGCUCCUCCACUGCCCGCUCUGGAUCUACAUGGACCUCUUCCAAGCCUGCGGCGACUGGCCAGGCGUAUGGGACAUUGCCCGCCGUGAUCUGGCCCGCCGUGACGCCCAAGCGUACGAAGAUUCAAUGCGUCCCUCAACGCUGCACUUGACCCGGAGGCUCCAUCGGGCGACGUCCAAUGUCAUCACCCUGCGUGAAGACCUGCGGCUACACAUGGCCUCUUUCAAGCGCAUUCAAGAGCAUAUCUCGAAAGGCACCUUGGGUCCCUGGCCCUCAGGACCCCCAUUCAAGGGAACCCUGACCGAGCGGUUGGCCGAUCUGAAGGAUGACUUGAACCACCACUGGGAGACAUCGGAGGUCAUCCUGCAGCAGUAUAACAGCGUCCUGAGCUUGGUUUUCAACACCGAGACCGUCUCCCAGGGCCUCGCAGUGGCGCGUCUGAACAUUCUGGCAUUCGCAUUCCUGCCCCUGUCCUUCGUCGCUGGCAUAUUUGGAAUGACGACCUUCUCCACGUCCGCAGUCUGGUACCCCCUUUGGGCCUUUGUCGCCCUCGUCGCGGCGGUCACCGUGGCAUACAUUGUGGGAAAGCUAUCCGGAGAGUCUUCAACAGGUCCAUACUCGUUCGUUCGUCAAUACUUCACCGGCCGGCACAAGAACCAACCAAACCAGCCAUCUCCAAUCGACGAUCCAUUCAGUGGAAUAGCAACGGUGCCGGUAGCUGCUCCUAUGACAACCGAAGAGCCGCCAAUUCGACCAGGCCCACCACCUGGACGCUGGGAUAGCGUGCGAAACAGAAAGCCCAGUCAACGCGUCAGGAGGAUGGCCGAGCGCGAGGAGCGGCUCCGGCAGAGUGCACCGCAUAUCCCUAUCCCGCACCCACCAGCCCCGACACACCCACAGCCCUCGGCGCCUCUACAGGCCCCGACUCCCUUAGAGGCUCCAGCUCCGUUAGAGGCUCCAGCUCCCUUUGUUGUUCCAACUCCCUUAGACGCUCCAACUCCCUUACAGGCUCCAACUCCCUUACAGGCUCCAACUCCCUUAGAGGCGCCUGUUUCAGAUCCACGCCAAACAGCCUCCGAUCAAGCUACCGCCGAAGAGUCCACGAGCCGAUCCAACUACUCCCGAACUUCCGACAGUGAUAGCGAGCCAUCCGUUGACCGGCAUACGCAGGGCCUCUAUAACCUGGGAAGGGAGAGGGUUGUGCCGCCACACGGGCAGGCUCUUCGGGGAGGAGGGUUGUUCAGAGGGGUGUGA